AUGUCCGCCAGAUUCCUCCUCACACGCACCAGUCAAACGCUUCUUUUGAAGACCAGCAUCGUCCCUUCCGUUGGCAGACGCAACCUGUCAUCACAAGGUAUUGCUGCAGUAAAGAAGCUUCGAACAGUAUUAGAAGACUAUCGCAGAGAAAACUGCACUCAAGAAUUGCCAUCACGUGUCAAGAAGCAACUUCUUCAAGAGGCACAAACCGAAGGCUUUGUUGAUCAAAACGGAAUGAUUCGAGUCAUUCAAAAUAUUCACAAGAACGAUCAAAUAUCCUUGAAUGAUUUGGAAGUAAUCUUUCGUGAACACGGUGGACAAACCUCCUCAAUUGCUGUCGAGGAAAUGAUGAAGCUACUAUAG